AUGAGGGUGUGGCUGGUGUUGUCUACUCUAGAUUCAUUCUGGUACAUUAGACUCACUGACCCAUUCCUUUACAAUGCAUUGUCUACCAAGCAAUCGGAGCUUUCGAUAGAUCGUCGCCUUGCAAAGUUAAAUCAGGAUGUCCUUGCAGAGUAUGAAGAGGCUAGACAAGCUCUGCUAACAAACCAACAGAGUUAUAGAGCACUGGUUGAGAGGUUCCUAACCUUUGCCUCUGAAAGCAAGCAAAUUUACACAAAAACAGCAGAAUUAUAUGAACAGACCUCUAAGCAAUGGAUUACAGAGGAUGGUGGAGACAUUCAUCCUCCACUACACCUCCGCCUUGUUAUAAACGUUAGCAUUUUAUAUGCCAAAGCAGAUAAAGAGGCGCUCACCAAAUUGCUUUUGAAGAGCCCAUAUGUAGCAUAUCAAGCAUUUGAAGAUGCUAUUGCUGAAAUUUGGAAGGGAUUUGAUACUAAAAUCGCCCUUCCAUCCCCAAAGCUUGGUAUUUGUGGGUGGCUUGGUCGUCAUCAUGUUACACCAAGAGGUCUGUCAUCCUCAAUGAUAAACACAUUAAUCGCCGUUGAAGGAGUUGUCAACAAAUGUUCUACAGUUUCUCCAAAGCUUUCCCAAUCCGUCUACGUUGGGGAGCCACUUUAUGACACCAUGAACCUUAAAGAAAAGAGCGUAUACGUUCGCCCUCAUUAUGACUUGACAGAUUUCACAAAGACCAUCAUGGACAAUGGAGCUCCACCUCCAGUUGAUCCUCUUGGUGAAGUUGUACAUAGACAAGAAAUUGGUCUUAGUACAUACAGGAAUUACCAAACAUUUGUAAUCCAAGAGGCUCCAGAAGACUCCAGCAUAGGACAGAUGCCAAGAUACGUAUCUGUAAUUGUACAAGACGAUUUGUGCAAUGUCAUUAAGUGCGGUGAUAGAGUACGUGUUUGGGGAAUUUACAGGACUGCCACUGGCAAGGCUGAUCAUACAAACACUGGUAUUGGUCGCCCAUUUUUGGUUGCCAACAACAUUGCAGUAAAGGAUAAAACAACUUCUGUUCACAUAACCUCUGAGGAUAUUAGAAAGUUCCAUCUUCUCGCAAGUAGAGACGAUGUUUUGGCUUGUCUCACACGCUCAAUCGCACCUUCAAUUUGUGGCCAUGAAAUUGUAAAGCGUGGCAUUCUCCUACAACUUGUUGGAGGUCGCGAAUGUGAUGGUGGAAGAGGAGACGGUGGUCACAGGAUUAGGGGAGAUAUCCACGUGCUUUUGGUGGGUGAUCCAGGUUGUGGUAAGUCACAGCUUUUGAGGUACGUGAUGGCUCUCAUGCCAAAUACGGUCAGUACCACUGGAAGAGGCUCCACUGGCGUAGGUCUUACUGCAGCAGUUGUUCAGGAUGAAUCUGGAGAACGCCGUGUUGAAGGAGGUGCUAUGGUUAUGGGUGAUCGUCGUAUAGUUUGCAUUGACGAAUUUGAUAAGAUGCCUACGUCGGAUAGGGUCGCAAUUCAUGAAGUACUGGAACAACAAACAGUUACUGUUGCCAAAGCUGGAAUACAUACUACACUUAACGCACGUUGCACCGUUUUGGCUGCUGCAAAUCCACUUUAUGGAUGUUGGAGUGAUGAUUUGGACCUCACACAACAGUUGCACUUUGAAAAAUCACUCUUGUCUCGUUUCGAUUUGAUUUACAUCAUCAGAGAUGCAAGCACAGAGGUUCAGGAUGAUAAGAUUUCGGAGGCCAUUUUGCGAAACAUUACACAAAAAUCAAAGCCAAUUAGAGUUGCAAGAACAAAGACUGGAAACUCAUGUGUAAUUCAGCCCAGAGAUGAAGACCUGAACCAGAGCAUCCACUACAAUAUGUUGACAAAUGGUGAAAGGACAAUCCAGGAAGAACACAGGACCCCCAAAAAGAUGAGGCUUUCUGGUAAUGUCGACGAUGUUUUCCGCAAUCGCUCAGAAAUGACAUACAUUGAUGCCCUAGGAAGGGAGUAUGAUAUCCUGGACUCAGACUUCCUCAGAAAGUAUGUAUACUAUUGCAAGAAUGUAUACUACCGGGAGAUGGAAGCUACAAAGGGAUGGAAACCAUAUCCGGAAAUUUCUGAAACCGCAAUGGAGGAGAUUAAGAAUUUGUAUAUUGAGCUCAGGGAAAAGGUCAGGACAACAAAAUGCCUUCAGACAGUUUCCCCAAGAACUCUCGAGGCCAUUAUCCGUCUCUCGACCGCCCAUGCCAAGCUCAAGUUGAACAGAUGGGUAACGAAGGAAAAUGUACAAGCAGUAAGAAUACUGCUUAACCAUACACUCUUUGGAGAAGCAAUUCCAGAUGAAGAUGAAAUUGGUGAGGAAGAACCAGAUGACGAUAGUGACUAUGGACCAGCAAAGUCCCCAAGAAAGAAGAGGACUAGAGGCCGCAAAAAGACAAGCAAAAGAAGCGAGACCUUGUACGAAGAGACACCACAGGGACAUACCCUAGAGGAUGUACAAGCCAUUGAAGAUGUAGAGCCAAUGGAUGAAGAUGGAACCACUCCCUAUGGAGGCACAGCUCUCGAUCAAGACGAAGAGGAUCCAUCAACCCUCCACUCUGCAACUCUUCCUAGCCAAAUUUCGGACGAGCAUACAGUGACUCUCUUGACAUGCCUAAAGAAUUUGGAUGCAGGAGAUGGUGUAGACUUGACAGACUUGUAUAUUGCCUUUAAAAAGCACGCUCAGAUUUCAAUGAACGACUUCAAGGCACUUUUACAAGGACUUCACAAUUCUGAAAAUGCACCCAUUGUAUAUUCAGAGGAUGACAAUCGUAUUUAUAGCUGCUAG